UCUAACAACAAUGGCACUAAGCAAACCAGAUCGCGUGGUCGUCGGGUGUCCAACAGUCCCAGCCCCAGUGGCCAGAAGAUGUUUACCUGCACAAAGGAUGAAUGCGGCAAGGUGUUCAAGCGAUCCGAACAUCUCAAGAGACACAUCCGGUCCAUCCAUACACUCGAGAAGCCAUUCGAGUGCCCUUACCAGACCUGCUCCAAGAAGUUUUCUCGAUCAGACAACCUCAACCAGCACAUCCGGAUUCAC